GAGAUUCUAACGUCCUUUGCUGUGUUAGUUAGCCGUUACCAUUCCCUCCAAAUUUAAACAUACAAAAAGAAUAACAAAAAAAUUUAAACAUACAAAAAGAAUAACAAAACCUCUCAACGAGAUUGAGAAGCCUUUGCCCAGUACAUCACUCAUCCUUUCCUCUCUAAUCAAGAAACAGAAUCGAUGAAGAAACGCCAACCCAAAUUGCCUUCCGCAGAGAAAAAAGAAAGUGAAAUCUCUUUCUGCAACUCCAAAAAGCUAUUCUUUCUUCCAUUACCCCAUUCUUUAUACACUAUAUAUAUCAACCCAUUUCAAUUUCUCAUCUACUUUUCAUUCUUUCAACACAAAAACAGUGAAACCCAUUUCAAUUUCAAAGAUCUCACUCAAUCCUAUUCAUGUCUUUGAGCCCUCCUCGCGAGACCAAUAAUGGAAACAGAAACUACCCGCUCUACUGGUGUUACCAGUGCCACAGGACUGUCAGGAUUGCAUCUGAAAACCCAUCUGAUAUCGCCUGCCCUCGCUGUUUCGGACAGUUUCUAUAUGAAAUUGACAGAGCCAGACCUGUGGUUGUUGUUGAUGAUUUCACCCAAUUCGAUCCCUCCCCGGAGGCCCGUAUAUUGGAAGCACUCUCUCUCAUGUUUGAUCCUUUGAUGGGGCAGCAAAAUCGCCCUAUCGAGCCGAGGGAGAGUCCUUUACCGGAUAUUCGAUUUCGUGCCCCUUGGGAGCGACGAAAUGAUUUCCAUGGAAGAGAUCAUAGGUUGCCGGAGAGUGGAAUUCGGGGCUGGCAUUGGCCUUGGCCGUGGAGGCGAAACCGGGUUUUUGAUGAUGAUUGGGGAUCGGAAACUGGAAUUCUUGCUCGUCCCCGGACCUGGGUUAUCCUCAGGCCUGCUGGUCCUCUACCUAUUCAACAAAAUUCCCAAGAGGAAGGUUUGAUGCUUCGGACGGUUAAUCCUCGGGAUUACUUUAUUGGGCCGGGGUUAAGCGAGUUGAUCGAACAACUGACACAGAAUGACCGACAAGGUCCUCCCCCAGCACCCGAUUCAGCUAUCGAUGCCUUGCCGAUUGUGAAAAUCAUGCCGGACCAUUUGGUUAACGAUGCGCAUUGCCCUGUUUGCAAGGAGGAAUUUAAGGUCGGUGGUGAUGCGAAGGAACUUCCUUGCAAGCACAUAUAUCAUUCUGAUUGCAUUGAUCCUUGGUUGAAGCUUCACAACUCAUGUCCUGUUUGUCGGCAUGAACUGCCAGUUGCAGUUGAGGGCAGAGUUGAAGAUAACAAUGAAGCUGAGGAUUCGAUUGAUGGAGGACGAGUUAGGGACAGACGGUGCUGGAGGUUGAGACAGCAAUCGAAUCCCCACGGCAGUAACAUUACUACUCAUGGCGGUGAGACAGCUGACUCACUGUCGGGCUCUUGCUUUAUUCUUUAGCCCAUAAUGUUACACUCAAUGCCAGAAGAAGUAAUGUUCAUCAUUGAAACAACGGCUAAUUGCAUACAUAAAUAUGAAUGGGCAUCAGCAAAACGAAGCUACUGUCUCAAUGUUGGGUUAUAUGAUAUAGGUGAAUUUUCUCGAUGAAUGGUAGUCUUUUUCUCUAAUGAGGGCGAUAGUUUGUUGCUGCAGGCCUUUGACUACUUCGUGUACAUCAAUUUCUACAAGGAUCCUCCGACAAAAAAAGAAAAGAAAAGAAGAUUAAUUUUACGUUUGGUUUUCUUCUUUUUUCUUUUUUAAUAUGUACAAUGAUUAUUGUUCUGAUUGAUAAUAAACCACUUGAAAUUUGUUACUGUUGAAGGUUUAAAGUGUUUCCCACUAUUUUCACUAUCA